CCAUUUAUGGCCUUGAACUCCCAGCCAUAUCCUGUGUUUAGGGUAUAUAAGCUCCCGUGAAACUUGCGAGCCUUCUCUUUGAUUCUUCUAUUUAGGGUUUCUCUCAUUUGUUGCGGUUGCAGCCUUGCAGGGCUCUGCUGAAGUGGAGCGGUAAAGAUGAGUAAGCUUCAAAGUGAUGUAUUGAGAGAAGCUAUCUCCCAGAUUAUGAAUGAUACCAGGGAAAAGAAACGUAACUUCACCGAGACACUCGAGCUCCAGAUUGGACUGAAGAACUAUGACCCUCAGAAGGACAAACGUUUCAGUGGCUCUGUGAAGCUGCCACAUAUUCCUCGCCCUAAGAUGAAAGUCUGCAUGCUUGGUGAUGCUCAGCAUGUUGAGGAGGCGGAAAAGAUAGGUCUGGACUAUAUGGAUAUUGAAGGGCUGAAGAAGCUCAACAAAAACAAAAAAUUGGUAAAAAAGCUUGCUAAGAAAUACCAUGCUUUUCUAGCAUCUGAGGCUGUGAUAAAGCAGAUCCCUCGUCUUCUAGGCCCUGGUCUCAACAAAGCAGGAAAGUUCCCAACACUGGUUUCUCAUCAGGAAAGCUUAGAAUCCAAGGUUAAUGAAACCAAGGCGAUGGUGAAGUUCCAGCUGAAGAAGGUUCUUUGCAUGGGAGUUGCCGUAGGUAACUGUGGAAUGGAGGAGAAACAGAUUUUCCAAAAUGUGCAACUCAGUGUGAACUUCCUUGUAUCACUGUUGAAAAAGAACUGGCAAAAUGUGAGGUGCUUGUACUUGAAGAGUACAAUGGGGAAGCCUACCCGUAUCUUUUGAGUUCUACCUUUUUUUUUUGGGG